GGUUCGCUACGUCAUCUCUUCGCGACUGCAAAACAGUUCUCGGGAGGAUCCCACAUGGUCAACAGAACUGUACACUAUACAGUUUAAUUUUUCGUUUAUGAAAGCUGUGCAUGAAUACAUGCAGUUAUCAUAAUUGUAAGUGAGUGAAAUAAAGGUCUACGUGGCGCUGACACGAGCCAGGAGUCACUAUGGCGCUAUUUAUGAUAAAUAGGUAUUUAGGGGAGGAGGAGGACUGUGAAUCUAGCAGAGAGUCUCGAUCCAAUGCUUUGCUGGCUAAACUUCAGGAGCAGGUCAAAGCCAGAGAACAGCAGAGCUUCUCAAACACGGCUGAAGAGGAUAAUGACCACCAUCAGAGUGAUAAAGAACAAAAGAAAAGAAAACGGCAAGAGACUGACGGAGUGCAGCGUAAAACAAAGAAGAGUAAAAAUGUUAAAAAAACAGAUCUUAAUGAUGAAGCUGCCAGUUCAACUAAAAAGAAGAAAAAACACAAAAAACAAAAAACAUUGUCCAGUGAAAAUGAGAGCGUCAAUACAGGAGAUAAUGAAUCGGAUAAUAAGAAGUCUGUAGAAAUCACAGAAACAACUGAAAGUGACCCAGAGGAAAGUAAGAAGACUGAAAAAGUUGUGGACCCUCAGAUCGAUCAGAUCCAAGCAGAGACAGGAAACAGCACCUCCCAGACUGCCUUCCACAUCCUGGGAGGAUUCAAAGAGAAGACAGUGCAAAAGGUCAAAAGAGUAUUGCCUCAGUGGUUGGCACAGCCUGACGUCAUUCAGAGGGACAUGAAGAAUAACCUCAUUCCCAUCAGUCAGGUGCCAGGCAUCUGUCCGAUAUUGCUGAAGAAAUUAGAGGAUAAUGGAAUACAGAGCUUCUUUCCAGUUCAAUCUGAGGUCAUCCCUGCCAUUCUAGAAAGCGUGAGCUCAGGGCUGCUGCUGGGUCCUGGUGGCUACAGGCCCAGAGACAUCUGUGUUUCUGCACCUACAGGAAGUGGAAAGACAUUGGCGUUCGUCAUACCUGUUAUACAGGCAUUGUCCAAGCGUGUGGUGUGUGAGGUCCGUGCACUCGCUGUUCUACCCACCAAGGAGUUAGCUCAACAGGUGUCAAAGGUGUUUAGCACAUACACUGAGGGCAGCAGUCUAAAGGUGGUCAUGAUCGCAGGCCAGAAAUCAUUUGCUGCAGAGCGAGCAGCGCUCUCUGAAAGCAGGGGAGGUGUUAGCCACAGUUUGGCAGAUAUUGUCGUGGCCACUCCGGGCCGACUGGUGGAUCACAUCAACAAAAAUGACAACUUCAGUCUACAACACCUACGAUUCCUGAUUAUUGAUGAGGCAGACAGGAUGAUUGACAGCAUGCAUCAGUCCUGGCUCAGUCAGGUGACUAAAGCAGUAUACAGAAACCCAGGUGACACACAGACGUCUUUCUUCAGAAGAAUACUGCCUGGACCAAUCACAGUGGCAAGUUUGUCUCCACCACAGAUUCCUCUGCAGAAGUUGCUGUUUUCCGCCACCCUCACACAAAACCCUGAGAAACUACAACUGCUGGAUCUGCACCAGCCUCGACUCUUCAGUUCCACACACACCUUUUCAGAGACCCCCACACAAAGCCAGGACACAUUUAACUUUCCUCAGGGCCUCUCUGAGUAUUACGUCUCCUGCAACCUAAGCAACAAACCGCUCAUCAUCCUUCACUUCCUGCUUCGGCUCAAGUUCAGUCCUGCUUUGUGCUUCACAAACUCCAGAGAAGGAGCACACCGACUUUAUUUGCUGGUGAAGCUGUUUGGCGGUGUGGAAGUGGCUGAGUUUUCCUCUAGACUGAGCCCAAGUGAACGACAAAAAACACUGAAAGACUUUGAGGAAGGGAAGAUCCCACUGUUGAUAAGCACAGAUGCUGCUGCCAGGGGCAUUGAUAUCAAUGGUGUAAAAUGUGUCAUUAAUUAUGAUGCUCCUCAAUACGUCCGAACAUACAUUCACAGGGUGGGCAGAACAGCGAGAGCAGGGAAACCUGGGUUGUCGUUCACCUUCCUUUUAAAAGUGCAGGAAACAAGGUUUUUAAAGAUGGUAUCAGAUGCUGGCAGUCCUGGCAUAAAGAGGCAGCUUGUGCAACCAGAAAAUCUUAAAGGCAUGGAGGCUCGCUAUGAGCAAGCACUGGCUGAGCUGGGCAAAGCUGUGAAGGAGGAAAAAGCGAGGAAGCGUUUCUGAGCAGGAACUGACUGAGCUGUACAUCUGCCUUUGAAGAAUGAUUUCACGCCUUGUUUCUCAAAGAACACAAUAUCUGAAAUAUAAUGUAAUGAGCUACAAAUGUUUUUAAUAAAAUGUGAAAAGAC